AUGCCUCGUCAAACCCUCCACCCAAAGUCCAAGACCGGUGCAAUCAGCGGAAAUGCUUCGCACCUCUACGUGCCCGCCGAUGGCAUUGUCGUCACGGCCCAGCAAUCCCGCUUCCACGUUGACGCCGACCUCUCAGCCGCCAGUCUAGAAAUAGACAUCAAGGAUCUCUCCGUAACUGUUCAAAACAGAGAUCUCUUGCAGCAUGCCCAUUUACGACUUCUCGAAGGACGUCGCGAUUUUUUGAUAUAUGAAGGAAAAUCAACUCUCCUCAAAUGCAUCGCCGAACAACGUAUCCCAGGUCUUCCACUGAACCUCCGUACCCUUCUUCUUUCCCAAACAAGCCAAUCGAAAUCUCUAACCUCCCCGACAACUACUACUCUCGAAUAUGUCCUCCGUUCGGACACAAAGCGAGAACUGGCCCUCUCCGAUUCUUCUUUAAUUCAAAAAGCCUUAGAAGAUACCAACAACCCUCUUGAGAUCAUCAAAGUGUACCGAAAGCUUCGUCACGCAAGACUUUCUCGAGACUUCGAGCGGGCAAAACUAAUCGCCGAAAGGCGAUCAGGCGCCAGAGGCUGGGAUGCAAGAAAAGUAUUAAAUAAAAUGGAAGAUGAAAUGCUUGCGUCGGAGUUAUCAGUUACUUCCAUUGAUUCUUCAGUACCAGCUACAACUCUGGAAGAAGAAACGAGACUAGCAGUUGAGAUGCUGGAUGAUUUACAAAUGUAUCUUGAGUCGACUGCUGCUUCGCAGUCUUCUGUUAAUGCUAGGGGGAUAUUAUUAGGUCUUCGGUUUACAGAUGAUAAAAUCGACGGACCGUUCUCAGCACUUUCGGGAGGAUGGCAGACGAGGGCGUUACUUGCUGCUGCGUUGUUCCAAAAGACGGAUGUGCUGAUGUUGGACGAACCUACGAAUUACUUGGAUUUACCAUCGAUUAUAUGGUUGGAACAUCAUCUUCAGACGAUUGAGGAUACGACCUUGGUAGUGGUUACACACGACCGUACUUUUGCGGACAAAAUCGGAACGGAUUUGAUAGUUUUGAGAGAACAAAAAUUGGAAGUAUUCGAGGGCACACAAACGGCCUGGGAAGUUGAGAAAUGGAAGCAAAUCAGGCGAAUGACGAAGAUGAAGGAGGCGCAAGAUAAGAAGGUUGCACAUAUGCAACAGACGAUUGAUAAUAAUGCUGCGGCAGCUAAACGAAGCGGAGAUGAUAAGAAGUUGAAACAAGCGGCUUCAAGGAAGAAAAAACUAGAGGAGAGGACGGGAAUGGAAGUUGGAUUGAAAGGUGGGAGGUUUAAACUUAAUAGGGAUUUGGCUGGAUAUCAUCUUACGAAUCGAGCGGAGAUCGAGAUUCCUACUAUGGAUAAAACAGCUGUUGUGAGGUUUCCUUUAGACCCUCCAGAUUUGCGGUUCCCGGGGUCACUCGUGGCAUUGGAGAACGUGGCAUAUAGGUAUCCAAAGGCGAAGCAAGACCAAGUCACUGGUAUCAAUUUAACGAUCCAUCCUGGUGCAAGGGUGGGCUUGUGCGGACUGAACGGAUCCGGAAAGUCGACGAUUAUCAAACUGUGUAUUGGACAGUUCAAACCUAGAGUUGGGAGUGUAACACUUCAUUCCAGGUUAAAGGCCGCAUACUUUUCACAGCACACUGUCGAGGAACUAGAGGUUCUAUCGGCAGCGAAUCCAGAACUUACAGCUUUAUCUCAUAUGCAGGCUUCCGCGCCUGAGCUGACGGAACAAGAAGCGAGAACGACACUGGCCGGAUUUGGAUUACAAGGAAGGAUCACAAGCGAUGUACCUAUGGGAAGCUUAAGUGGUGGGCAGAGGAGUAGAGUCGCCCUGGCUAGUUUACUGUAUACUCCGCCUCACCUUUUGAUUCUUGAUGAAGUCACCACCCACUUGGAUAGCGACACGAUCAUCAGUCUAGUUGAUACUCUCAAAGAGUUUAAAGGUGCAGUUCUCGUCGUCACCCACGACCGUUUCUUUAUGAGGUGUGUGGUGGAAGGCGAAAGUGCGCACGAAGAUGAGGAUGGAAGUGAUGAAGACGAAGAUUAUGAGGACACCGGAAAGGGAACGUACAAAGCCCCGAAGGGAACAGUUUAUAGAGUUAGUAAGGGCAACAUGAAGAUAAUGGAACGAGGAAUGGGGCAGUACGAAGAAAUCGCAGAGAAGAGCAGCAAGAAGUUGAUGGAAGGUCUUUCAUAA